AUGGGUCGCCCAGCUGGCGCGAAAUCGCCAGCCUCGCGGGCCUCGCCUCCGCGUGGAAGCUCGCCCAAGUCCAAGUCGAAGGCAGGAAAGCGACCUGACGACUACAGCUCGGAUGGCGUCCAGGACAACGAUGUUUUCCUGCUCCCCGUCUCUGACUACCAGAUUAUGGUGGCAUUGACCGUUGUCGCCGCCGCUGUUCGCCUUUUCCGCAUAUACCAGCCCACGAGCGUCGUCUUCGACGAGGUCCACUUCGGUGGCUUUGCCUCAAAAUACGUCAAGGGCAAGUUCUUCAUGGACGUGCACCCACCGCUGGCCAAACUCCUCAUCACCUUGUUCGGCUGGGCGGCUGGCUUCGACGGAGAAUUCGACUUCAAGGAUAUUGGCAAAGAUUAUCUCGAGCCCGGCGUCCCAUAUGUUGCCAUGCGCCUGUUUCCGGCCAUCUGCGGCAUCCUUCUGGCCCCGACCAUGUUCCUUACCUUGAAGGCUGCAAACUGCAGGACCUUUACUGCGAUCUUGGGAACUGGGCUCAUCAUCUUCGAGAACGGCCUCCUUACCCAGGCUCGAUUGAUCCUGCUCGACUCUCCCCUGAUGAUUACCACGGCAUUCAGUGCCCUGGCUUUCUUCUCCUUCAGCAACCAGCAUGAGCAGGGUCCCACAAAGGCUUUCCAGCCCAGUUGGUGGUUUUGGCUUAUCAUGACCGGCCUCGGCUUGGGUAUGACUGUCAGCAUCAAGUGGACUGGUCUGUUUACAAUCGCCUGGGUCGGCGCCUUGACUCUGGUGCAACUCUGGGUAUUGAUUGGCGAUGCGAAGACGGUUACUCUGCGUGUUCUGGCCAAGCAUUUCAUGGCCCGGGUGUUCUGCCUGAUUGUCAUUCCCGUGACUUUCUACAUGGCCAUGUUCGCUGUCCACUUCCUCUGCCUUGUCAACCCCGGCGAUGGUGAUGGCUUCAUGAGCUCUGAAUUCCAGGCUACUCUGAACUCCAAGGGCAUGCAGGAUGUCCCUGUCGACGUACUGUUGGGCAGCCGAGUCAGCAUUCGGCACUUCAACACCCAAGGCGGUUACUUGCACUCGCAUCCGCUGAUGUACCCGACCGGCUCCAAGCAGCAGCAGAUCACCCUCUAUCCCCACAAGGACGAGAACAACAUCUGGCUGCUUGAGAACCAGACGCAACCCCUCGAUAUCCAUGGCGAGCCCAUCAAUGGGACCCUCGCUUGGGAUAAUCUCCCCGAACCCCACUACAUCAAGGACGGAGAUGUUCUCCGGCUCUAUCAUUCGCCCACUCACCGCCGUCUGCAUUCCCACGACGUGCGGCCCCCGAUCACUGAAGUCGACUGGCAAAACGAAGUGUCGGCUUACGGAUACGAAGGAUUUGAGGGCGACGCGAAUGAUUUCUUCAAGGUCGAGAUCGUCAAGCAGUCGUCCAAGGGUGGUGAGGCUCAAUCCAGGGUCCGUACCAUCGAGACCAAGUUCAGGCUUGUUCACGUCAUGACGGGAUGCGUCCUCUUCUCCCACAAGGUUAAGCUCCCCGACUGGGCUUCUGAGCAGCAAGAAGUUACCUGUGCCCGCGGCGGAUCGCUCCCCAACAGCCUGUGGUACAUUGAAUGGAACGACCACCCGAUGCUCGGCGACGACGCCGAGAAGGUCAACUAUGCCCGCCCCAGUUUCUUCUCAAAGUUCUGGGAGCUGCAGAAGGUCAUGUGGAAGACCAAUGCUGGACUUGUCGAGUCUCACGCUUGGGACUCGCGCCCUCCCUCGUGGCCAAUUCUUCAGCGAGGCAUUAAUUUCUGGGGCAAGGAGCACCGCCAGAUCUAUUUGAUGGGCAACCCCGUUGUUUGGUGGAGCGCGAGUGCCGCGGUCGUCAUCUACGUUCUUUUCAAGGGCAUCGCUGUCCUUCGAUGGCAGCGCAGCUGCAACGACUACGCUAACAACACUUUCAAGCGCUUCGACUACGAGGUCGGCACAUCCGUCCUCGGCUGGGCCCUGCACUACUUCCCCUUCUUCCUCAUGCAGCGCCAGUUGUUCCUUCACCACUACUUCCCGGCCCUAUACUUCUCCGUCAUCGCACUCUGCCAGGUAUUCGAUUUCGUCACCGCGAGGGUCGGCGCUCUUGGCAUCAAGGACAAGCCAGUCAUCAACCGGGCCGGCGCCGUUCUGUUCCUGGCUUUGUCCAUAGUGGUCUUCGGUCUCUUCGCUCCGCUCGCAUACGGCAAUACCUGGACCAAGUCGGAGUGCAACCGUGUCAAGUUGUUCAAUACUUGGGACUUUGAUUGCAACACCUUCUUUGACAGCUACGAUGCCUACAACGCUCUACCUUCGACCAAGGCAGCCGACCAGACUCCGCAAAAGUCGGUAGUCCCUCCAUCGGCCCCCCCACCAGUGGUUGGCGGCGAGCAAGCACAGAUCCCGAUAGCAGGCGAGCCAAACCAGGCUGGAAUUUCAGGGGCCCCCGUGCCUCCCGGGCAACGCGUCCUGUCCCGCGAGGAGCGCGUUGAGUACCGCGACCAAGAUGGAAACCUCCUGAACGAGGAGCAGGUGAAGGCCUUGGAAGGCAAGGUCGAGUUCAAGACCCGCUACGAGACGCGCAUGCGCGUCGUCGACGCGGAUGGCAACGAGCUACCGAUGCCCGAGGGCGGUUGGCCGCAGGAUCAAGCGAACCCAGCCGGCGGCGCUCCGGAGGGCGUGGCUCCCCCUCACCCUGACGUCGAGGGUGCCAAUCGGGAGACCAAGCUCGGUUCGAAGAACCUGGUCCCUGACGACCCGCUUCCCGACGCCAAGAGGAGCGUUGCGGGCCAGAAGGAAAAGGAGGGGAAGAGCGCGAAGCCGGCCAGCGAGAACAACGAGGCUACCGCACAGCAGGUUUGA